AUGGUUCCCGAGAAUUCUCCUCAAAUCGUCAGAGUGAAAUUUGCGGAGUUUUACAAUAUCACCAGUGAGGGACUUGUGAUCUGGGUGAUUUUGGUGACAAGCAAGCGAUCUUCUGGGAAACAGGAUAUGAAGAUGUCUGCAGAAAUCCUUAACGAGGUUUGGGAAACAUUUAUCGAUCUCUGCGAGCUCUAUAACGUUAGCGAGGCGAUGGGUCACAAAUUCUUCAUCGGUAACCAUUUCUUUGGAGUUAACCUCGACAAAGAAUCGCAGAGCGGUCCUAUUGAAAGCAUGGAGUACGUGACACUAUGGUACAUGAAUCAAGUAGAAGACAUUUCGCAGAGAAGGAAGCUGCAGGCAAUCCAGAUGGAACUAUUCGAAAGAAGCCGUCUUGACAACUUCAGUGAUUUGAUCAGUUUCGGCAUUUAUGGAGAUCAAGUGAGUUUAGCACGGAUUUUUCCUCAGAGAAUUUGCAAGUUGACGACGACCUUUCAGCAGAUUCUCAUCGUUGGUGCUAUCGGCGUUCCUGCCACAGCCGUAGCUACGUGUUUUGCGAUUCUUGGUUGGAUUAAGUUCCCCUUCAACUCAAUUAUGUGCAUUACACCAUUUCUCGUCAUGGGUAUCGGUCAGUAUUUUUACAAAAAGAUGAGAUGUCGUGUCACGUGUGAGAGUGAGGCGUUCAUCUUUCCGGUUCAUCUUUGGGCUUUGGAAAUUUAUCCAAAACGCCUCAAGACUCUUGCGCGUGUCGAUGAUGCAUUUCUUCUGCUUCAUUCUUGGCGUCGUCACGGCCAUCUUGAAACCAAGGAGAGGAUGCGUACUGCUGUACACGAAAUCGGGCCGUCCAUGGCCAUCACGUCAGCGACGAAUACACUAGCGUUCGGAAUUGGAAUUGCGUCAUCGACACCUGUGAUGAGCGCAUUCUGCCUGUGCACCUGCAUUGCAAUUUGUUUGGAUUUCGUCUUCGAGUUUCUCAUCUUCUGCCCAUUGCUUGCUUUGUUCUACAGGGAAAGAGGAAGUAAAGCAGUAAAUCAUCUUGCGAUUUUUAGGUGGUUCUCGUGGGAUGCCUAUGUCAACGUGCUGUCCUCGCCAUUCGGACGUCUUUUCGUCGUCGUGUUCAUGUUUUUCAUUUAUGUUUGUGCAUUUCUUGGGGUCAGAGAGAUGAAUCCAGCGUUCGAUCCAUCGAAGACUUUUCCAAGAGAUUCCGAUCUUCUUCUUUUCCUACAAAAGUUCCAGAAAAUACAACAGGAAUAUACUCCUAUCAACUUCAUCAGUCUUAUGCCCGACUUAUCAAAUUCUCAUGAUGUUAUGGCUUUUUUCGAGAUGAUACAUCGGCUUGAGAAUAGUGAGGGUUGUUAUGGUCCCGAGCGAACUCAGCUUAUGCUCCGCAAUUUUAUUGAAUGGGAAAACACUCAUAACAAUUCACAGUCGUACGAAGACCUCCCGAAAUUUCUUGAAGAACGCAAAGUGAAGGACAGGGUCGUCAUCCAUGAGACGGUGGAAAAUGUUCGAGCAAACUUCGUUGUUAUCUGCCGAGGUGAUUUGGACUGGACUCGAAGAGCUAUGAAAAUCGACUCUAUGAGAAAAAUAAUCGACGACUAUGCGAAUUUCAAACCGAGCCUCUUUGAUUACGAUAGCACUAUAUACGAUCUCAUCAUCACUGUGAAGGAAGAAAUGUUGAAGUCUGUGAUGAUUACUUUUCUCUGCAUGACCGCCGCCUGCGCACUUAUGAUUCCCAGUCUUAUUGGAGCUUCGAUGGCUUCGCUCUCAAUGCUGUCGAUAUCGUUUUCGUUGUUGGGAUUCCUUUCGAUCUGGGGCCAGGAUUUGGACCCCGUCACGAUGAUCAAUGUGCUCAUGGCGAUUGGAUUCAGCGUCGACUUCAGUAAAAUAUUAUUUAGUGCACAUAUUUGUUACCACUACCAUUUGGGCGUGAGAAAAGGGAAACUCCUCAGUGGCAAAGAAGGAGUGCUGAAGGUCCUCCAAGUAGUUGGUAGACCGAUGUUUGAGGCGUCCUUCUCUACUGUUAUCUGCAUGACGCCAUUGUUCUUCGUUCCAGUCUACCUAAUCGUCUCGUUUGCGAAGACGAUCUGCAUUGUGGCAUCACUGGGCUUGCUGCACGGCCUUGUCAUCAUCCCAGUCUGCUUAUUUUCACUCACUAGAAGUCAGCAGCGGACGGUGAACAAUGUUGUGCUGAAUGAGGAGAAGGAGACGAUGCUUCACGUGAAUGAAUCGGUCUCGUUUUGA